UCAAAAAAAAUAAAAAAUUCCGGCUUCUAAGUUCCAAGUCACACCAUUGUUGCUAAAAAGGGAAAACUAGAAGAGAGAUUUUCAAAUUCCUAGGCUUUAAUCGCCCUGCCUACAGAUCGUUUCUGGUUGUUCCUCAGUUUCCUCAGAUUUUUGAUGGGUGCACCUAAACAGAAGUGGACUUCAGAAGAAGAAGCUGCUCUUAAAGCUGGGAUACUUAAGCAUGGGCCAGGUAAAUGGCGCACGAUUCUCAAGGAUCCAGAAUUUAGUGGAGUAUUGUGUCUGCGUUCAAAUGUAGAUCUUAAGGACAAGUGGAGGAACAUGACGGUGAUGGCAAACGGUUGGAGUUCUCGAGAGCAAGCAAGGUUAGCUGUCAAAAGGACGAAACAGGCCCCUAGACAGGAUGGGAGUCCUGUGGCUGAUACGACCACAGCUGAAAGUGAUGAGGAAGCUGCUGAAGCGCAAGCAGCCACUACUUCUAGCGGUUCUCCGCAGAUACAUGGUUCAAGAAAAGCUAUGAUAAGGUUGGAUAAUCUUAUAAUGGAGGCUAUAAGCAGCUUGAAGGAGCCAGGUGGUUCCAACAAAACUACAAUAGCUGCAUACAUAGAGGACCAAUACUGGGCCCCUCCAAACUUUAUAAGGCUGCUGUCGGGGAAACUGAAGUAUUUAACUGCAACUGGGAAACUUAUCAAGAUAAAGCGCAAGUAUAGAGUAGCACCCACAUCGACACCAUCUGACAGAAGAAGAAACCUGUCCAGUCCAUUCUUGGAUAGCAGGCAGAGGAUCUUCUCCAAGGUUGAUCGGGAUUAUAUGGACAUGCUUAGUACAUCUCAGAUAGAUUUAGAGAUAGCUAAUAAAAUGAGGAACAUGACACCUCAAGAGGCUGCAGCUGCUGCUGCACAAGCUGUUGCUGAAGCAGAAGCAGCCAUAGCUGAAGCUGAGGAGGCUGCUAGGGACGCUGAAGCUCAUGAAGCUGAUGCUGAAGCUGCAAAAGCCUUUUCAGAUGCAACGAAGACACUACAUGGGAGAAGUGCCCCACGGAUGAUAAUACGUGCUUGAUCGUUCCUUCCGAGGUGCGAGUUAGAGAAUGCUGGAUCCUGUUCCAGUUUGAUGUUUCUGUAUCUUCAGUCAACUCACUCUUCAGCUUGUACAUAUGGGCGAAAAAGUUCAUGGUAAGUGUAAUAUACCAGGUUGUUAGUAGUAAAAGCUUUUCCGAUUGUAUCAGAUUUGUGUUCCCUGUUCAUCAGCGGACAUGUCUCAGCAACCAACAUGUUUUCUUAUUAAGCUGUUUCUGCGAGCUGAGGGAAUUUUCUGAGGAAUUUGUUGUAAAGAGUAGGAACUAGGAAUAACCCGGUGUGGUGGGGUGAUGGGCGUCCGUUCAUGUGCAGCUUGUACCUCAGGCUCAAUUGUUUACUGUAUGUUGAUUGAUUUAUUUGAUCUCAAUUUGGAUGGAAAUUAAAUUAGUUUAAAAUA